AUGACAAUGAUUCCUAACAAGAACAAGAAGAAGAAUUUUGUCUUCAACGUCCGGAACCCUAGCCAGGAAACUGCCCUUAAACUGUUUGAUGUCUUGCCUGUCGUGGGCUGGGAUGAUCUUUACCGAGAAUGGCUUGAACGCCAGAAAAACCUUCGCAGCAAUGUCCAGCGCUACCGAUUUGCGCAAUAUCUCGGCCAGUCGCUACACUACAACUCGUCAGAGAUUCGCACCAAUUCCGUGGCGUUACGUCAAUUCGAUCGCAUGUUGGCGAGCCGUGUAAACAGCAUCAUCAGAGAGAUCCAGGAAACAAGGGCCCGGAACGAAAUUGCCAGCAUCACGGUCUGGGUGAGAUCCCUCAAGGAGGUGAGAGUUAUCCUCUCUUUAAAUUGA